AUGUUGACAACUGACUCCACAGCACCGUUUGGUGAGCAAGCCAGAGUCACUAUUGCCACGAAUUACACAGCCACAGUGAAAAUGUGCACGGGGUUAUUGCCACUGAUGGCGAAGGACUCAAGACUUGUUAAUGUCGCUAGUACGAUGGCUGCUAUGAUGUUGCUGUGCUCAAUGUCAAAGGAGAUGGCUGCCAAGUUUAAGAGUCACCUGUCCCUGCACGAGCUGGAUGAACUCAUGGCGUCUUUGAUCGCUUUUAUUACCUUAAAGCACGCAGAAGUGGGGGAUCAUGAGAAGGCGGGCUUUUCCAAUUCCGCGUACGGUAUGUCGAAAGUGGGCCUGUGGAGAGCCACCUCCAUUCUGGCUGAAAAAUUCAAAUCUCAUCCUCGUCACAUUCUCAUCAAUUCGUGUUGUCCUGGCUAUGUUGACACAGACAUGACAAAUCACAAGGGUCAUAAGACUGUCUUAGAAGGUGCUGACACGCCGGUCUACCUUGCUACAUUACCGAAGGAUGCAACUGAGCCCUUCGGUCAGUUCGUCAAUGAACGCCACGUUGCUGAUGUGGACAAGGAGUGUCCACUCUGA